AUGGCUCUGUUUUUCAACCGUAUCUCGAAGCUCUCUGCAUUGAGAGACAAUGCUCGUUUCUUCUCAUCAUUGCCUCAGUCCCCGUAUUUGCUGCUUGGAAGCAACACCUUGCGAGAGUCUCAGGAGGGCAUAAUCGUAAAUCACUGGUUUUUCGACCCGAGAACGGUAGAGAGAGUGUAUAGCAAGGAGAAGAAGCUUCCCAAGGAGCUCAAUGGGCAAACUCUUGUGGGAGCACCACAAGGUUGGGUCGCUUCCGUGGGUAACAAGGACCUUACCGUGCACAUCACGGAUCUUUACAAGCCAUGCGUCUCAUCUCCAAGAGUCAUAUCAUUACCUCCACUCGACUUUAAACCCUCAAUACAUGCCACGGAAGUGUCUCUCUCUACUUGUGAUCCUGCUCAAAACGAUUUUAUUGUGGCUGCAAAGUUCAGUGAGUGUCGGCUAAGCGUAUGCAAGCCUUAUUGGGAUGCUAAGUGGACUCACAUAGAGACCGCUUACUCGCUUUUACCAGCCUCUGAUCUCAUAUAUUCCAAGAGAGACAAAGCUUUCUACUUUACAAGUUUUAAGGGUCUCUACAUCGGUACUUUAGAUCUCAGCAAUAAGAAGCUUAAGUACCAACAUCUACGCCUUCGAAACCUGCCUAAGAUCCCUGAAGUAGGUUGGGAGAUAUUGGAUCAAUGUUUCAUGAGCAAACACUUGGUGGAAUCUACCUCUGGUGAACUUUUCUUCAUCAAGUGGUACACACAGUGCAUUCGCAGACCGUACAUUAACAAAGAGGACAAAGAUUCGGAAUACGAAGUCAUCCAUAGCAUUACCAAGCGGUUCAUGGUCUUUAGGGAAGAUGGUAAAAGCAUAGACUUUUGUUACAUGGAAGAUAUUGGAGAUCUCUGCAUCUUCCUUGGCAGCAUGAAUGAAUCCUUCUCUGUCUCGGCAAACAUGUACCCAGGGCUCAAGCCUAACUCCAUCUAUUACAUUGGCCCGGGGCUUGGUUCUUACGAUCUAGCUUCCGGUACUGUCCGUCCCUACAAUCCCCCAGCCUCAGGUGGACCCUCGAGCUCGCUGGUCCGUGCCCCUUUCUGGCUUCAUCCCGCUGAUCCCAUUGCGUAA